AUGCGGCUCGACGCUUCGCGCAAGACUUGCCUCCAGUGCAAGGAGACGGACUUCGGUCCCGGCACGCUUUUCCGCGGCGAGAAGACAUCUUGUGCGGUGUGCGAUCGGUACUGCAGGAAGAUGCAUUGCAAGUUGGUAGCCGUCAAGGACUUGCCCCACAAAUACUUGCUCGUCGCCAACGAAAGCCUCUUGAACUGUGCGGCGGUCAGAGACGAGUUCUUCAACUACCCUGGUGAUCAUCGUAACGUGCUAGAUGGGCAUGUGCUUGCACGUCAAGGAUUUCAGCCUGAUGCGCCUCAUCACCUCCGGGUAUGUCAAGAGUGCCUCAACAGCCUGCUCAAAGACAAGAUGCCGGAGGCUGCUCUGGCUAACGGGCUGUGGCUUGGCGAUUUCCCGGACCACCUACGUGGGGCAACUUUCGUCGAGAUGAUGGCUGCGAGCCCGGUCAGGAUAAGCGGCAUGGUGUUGGCCUUAGAUGAGUUGAAGGUUGGCAACGUGCGUGGUUCCGCCAAGAGUCUCAUGCGAGGUACUUUUACGUUCUACAUGCAAGACGCCUACGGUGUGCAAUUGCGUCUCCCUGCUUGCGAUACCGACAUCGCCGGAUCAUUCACCUGUGCCCUUGUUGGUGCGAAACCUUCCGUCGGCCAGCUCCGGAAAUUGUUCGGUGCACGGCGCAAGAUGGUUGAGGAUCUCCUUGCAUUUCAGCUGGACAAGGACAACCAACUGGUAGGAGUGCACCAGCUGGCGCAGGAAGCUCAACUUUCGGCGGAAAACCUUGACACAUACAAGGAUGACGGCUCUAUACCAAAGGCGAUUUUCGACGCCCUGCUUCCCGUCAACGACUCCACCAAUGCCUACGCCAAUGCGCGCUCCACGCACGCACAUGGCAACCGCGAGCCGGACGACCAUGAGGACGGACCGGCUCCACCUGCUGCCGCUGACCACGCCGACGACGGUGCAGGUGCCACACCUCCGUUCAUCAUCGAGACCAACGCCAUCAUGCCGUCAGGAGACGAUCUCGCUGUCUCUAGCCAUGCCAAACCCGGUCGUCUCCGCACCCUGGGCGUUGUGUUGAACUCACGCCAUGGUGGUCGACCGUCUGCUGCGACAGCGGCAUCUGGUGAUGCUUCCCUGCCGCAAAUGGCGGCAGCCCAAGCUCGUGCGGCUGCUGGGCAGCCUCCUGACGGCACGCAAAAUGCCUUAGUUCUCACCCACUCUGGCCAAAUGGUCUCGGACUUCCACAACCCUGGGCUGUUCGUGGGGGCAUACUUCGAUUUGUUCCCACAUGGCGUUGGAGGGCAUUUGGACAAACGAACAAGGCCGUUGGACCUCAAGCGUUGGGCUCAGAUUCUUCUGCGAAGGCGGGAUGCUCGGUUUCGUAAGAGUCGUACGUUCCUGUAUUGCGUGUGCGCCCUGAUUUUUAGGCGGGAGGCGAUCUCAAACGCCCGGUGGAAGCUGCGUGGACGUGUGCCGAGGGAUGUCGCAUCCAGAAUUGCUGGCGUCACCGCACAGGACCUCAGGGCGGUUGCAGCUGAAAUGGAAACAGGCUCGAGUGGCUUCUCUGCUCUGGCUGAUCGUCCAGGAAUCCGAGACCUCAUCAAGAACAUGGAGUUCGUGCACGCUGGGGCAUCGUGGACCAUCUACAACAAACGUUCCACCAGAAUGAUCGCAAUAUCCUUCAUCAUGCAGAUGGGGCAGCCGUUGUUCUGGUUGACGAUCAACCCCGCAGACGUCAACAGCCCCAUUGUUAUGGUUCUUGCCGGCGUGGAGCUUGACGUCACCAGCCGCCUCAAAGCCGACUUUCCAGCUUAUGCGGACAAGCUCAGAUUCGUCGCGAACGACCCGGUUGCAUCAGCUGAUUUCUUCCACGCUACCAUCGACGCCGUUCUCACGUGCUUGCUUCGGUUCGGAGCUUGUGACGGUGAUGGCGGUGUUCUGGGACGGGUGAAGGGCUACGUUGGUAUGACAGAGGAACAGAAACGCCUUACACUUCACUGUCAUCUGCUCGUGUGGGUUUACGGCUACAACGACUUUGCCUCAUUCCGCGAGCUCAUGGACAAGACUCCGACGAGGUACUUCGAACUUGCAGAGUACCUGGACAAAGUGAUUUUCAAUCAAAUCGCCACACUCAGCGACAUCAACCACGUCAUGCGUGGUGUUCAGCCUUCGCCGGAAGUGGAGACCGACGUGCCAGCACCUCCGCCGGAUCAGCUCAUGCGUCCGGCAAAGGAGCGUAUGGCGGUUCCACCGCCGUCUUCCUGUUUUCCACGUGACGGCCAGCCGCGCAACAACGUCCACGACGACAAGUACGCCCACCUCAUGUACCUCGACUUGGCUGGCCUCACCGGUGGGGCUAACUUGCACAAGUGUCAGGCGACGUGCCGCAAGUUCAACCAUGGCGACUCCUGCAGGUUUGGGUUUGGUGACAAAGGCAAGCCCCUCGUGCAGAAGACGGUUGUACAACGCGGGCGUUGCGUUUUCGACACCGACGGAAACAUGACUAUCAAUGGCAUCGUCUAUUCUUGGAGCUCCGCAAAGGAUGCCGCGGCUGCCGCAUCAAACGAAGCCUUUCGCGCAGCUUUCGAUGCCAGUAUCGCACACUUGGUGAACGACAACGGCCUUCCCGACCCCUUGUCUGAUCGUUUCACGGCGGAGCUUCGUCGCCUGCACUCGCACAUCAACAGCUUCAACCCCGUCAUCCAGUUCGCCAUUCGCAGCAACAUGGAUCUCAAGAUUCUCUUGAGGGACAGCGACGCCAAAGGACUCUUGUUCUAUAUCCUCAACUACAGCACCAAAACGGAGCAAAAUUUGGACGUGUUGCUACCUCUGCUAGCACCCGUGGCUGAACGGAUCAGAGAGCAGAGCGAUGGGGCACCCGAAAAGGAGCUCGCUGUACGGCUGGUGAGGUCGUGCCUGUGCAAGCAAUUGUCCAGCCUAAGCAUCGGUGGGCCAGCGGCAGCAAGCAAGGUUUUCGACUUGCCGGACCACAGGAUCUCCCACCCAACCGUCCCGUGCUCCAUGAGCCCGCUGCUAACGUGGGCGACGUCUAGGGACGGCCCCCUGGACGGCGAAGUCGACCGUGUCGACGACAGCAGCGACGAUGAUGAUCAAAACGACAGCGACGUCGAGGAGAGCAUCAUCAUCACGCCUUUCAAAGGCAAACUCACUGUCGCGCAACGUGUCUACUUACUCUACCUCAAGCGAUGUGACCCUAACGACACAACUAAUCCCGUGCACGGCAUGUCCUAUGUCGUGUGGCACAAACUCGUCCGACUCGAGCGAUGCUUACCAGGCCGCAACCAUCCGGCGCCGACUGAUCGUUCCGACGAUGAUUCCGAGAGUAGCGGGGAUGACGAACCCUCGGAUGCCGACGACAUCGGGGAUGACGACUCCAAUGGCGACGAUGUACCUGCAACACGGAGGCCCGCACGUGGUCGACCGAGGGCAAACCGUUUGCGCUUUGUCGGGGACUUCAAAAACAAAUGGCACCAGGUACCUCGUUUUCAUUUUUGCUCUACACUACAUUUUCCGUCUUAUAUUGUCCUCGCCUGCUGA